AUGCCCAAGAGUAGAGCUUUGACAGUUCCGAAGGAGUUGGCUCAGGCGGUGAGAGAGAGGAUCGCGGAGGACAGUCCGAUGGACCGUGAUGAAAAACGCAAGCUACGAAAAUUGGGGAAAUCUCUGAAGGAGAAGGCAAAACGAUUGCAACUCGAUUCUCCUGACACUGGUACUGAUGAGGAAGAAGACAAUGAGAAGAGAGAAGAGGAGGCAGAACCAAAAAAGGGAGGAAAGACUGGCGUGAUGUGGGAUGACAAAAAGCCAUCAGAGAAGACGGGAGGUGGAAGCAGCCCGGUGGAGGCAGCGAAAGUGCCGGAGAGUGAACCUGCCGCAGAGACCAAACCGCCCCACGUUCAGGGCAGGUUGAACAAACUCCUCUCCUGGAUAGGCCUAGGUGGCAAUACUGCGGAGGACAAACCUGACCCAAAGAAGGACAGCCCAGUCGAGUCACCAAGGAAGACAUCGGUUACCCCACGUAAGUCAUUGCCAGUGGCUGAAAACCCAUUCUUAGCGGAAAUAAAAGACCUACGAAAGAAGAUCCAGGCGAUUCUGAAGCAUAGGAAACGUGAUAGAGUCCUGGAGGAAUGCUUGGAGGAUCUGGACGAAAUUCCUCCAGCGAAACAAGCAGAGGUUCUGCAGAAGGUCUUGAAGAAGUUGGAAGAUGAGGAAGAUCACUCCACCCCGGAGGACCUUAAGGAGGAGGAAGAGAAGAAGGCGAAACCUGCCCCUAAAUCGGGACAAACAGAAAAGGACAGAAAGGAGAAAGGCAAGAGUGGCUUGAGAGACAAUGAUCUGUUUCGCCAGGGCAAAGACCUCCUCAACAAGACUAAGAAUAAGGUCAACAGAAUACAUGACAAUUACCGCGCAGAUGACAGUUCACUGAACUCUGAUGUAGAAAGCAUCUUCGGAGAGGAAACAAGCACAGAUGAUGAGUCCCAACGGAGCAGUUCUUCAGACUCGAGCUCCUCUGACAGCGAACUGAGCGAUUACGGAAGACGAGGAUGUGAGCAGGAGAAAGAAGAUAAGACGCGUGAGGGCGACCAAAAAGACCUAAUGUGGAGAGAACGAUCAUGCCCAAAUCUUUCGCACACUUGUGGAGGGGGUUACGUAAGAGCCCACGAAGAGCGCCGUAUGCUUCUGAUGGCGCCCAUGGCACUCGAUGUGGUUGUGCCGAGC